GAAAUACAUUGUUGUCAAAAAACUUUCUUUCAAGUUUAUCCGAUGUUUCCCCCAUGAUUAACUCACUAGAGAGCUGUGUUGCCUCAAGUUGUGAAUGUAGACAACAUUAAACAACACCAUGGCGUCGAUUAGAGAUGUAAUUUACGAGGCAUGGUUCUUCCGUCUUUCUGGCGCCAUUAGUGCAAAGGAAAAGAACGGGAAACGGUUGUUCAAAUCCAAGGGCAGCUGGCGGGAGAAAUACUUCAUUUUGGUGAAACUCGGUGACAAGCUUUUCCUGGAAUGGUAUGACAAGAAACCGGUCAAUACAAAUAUGCAGCCCAAAGAUCGCCUUUCCUUGUGGCCGUCAUAUCGGCUAACCAAGUGUCACGCUGAUCGAUAUGUAUGUUCAGUAUCAACACCAAAUGAGCAAGUCCAUGUUGGUGCGACAGAUCAGAGUAGUAUUGACACGUUUGCCUUUAACCUGCAGACCCAGACUGUACUCAGGGAGACCUUAGAAGGUACAUCAUUCACAGUGCUUCCAGAGAAUACUUUAGAACAGGAUAGACUAGGAGCUGUAGGCAGUGUCUGUGUCCUCCACGUAUCUCCCUGGGGCAUCAGCUUAGCUUUACAGCAAUCUCGUUCCCUGAUAGCUCACUGGCCGCUGAAGUGUGUGAGAAGUUACGAGAGCGACAGCAGAGGUCACUUUACCUUAGACAGCGGGAAGAGGUCUCCGUUCGGUGAGGGGACUUACGUUUUCCAGACAAGGAGGGGGCAAGAUGACGAACUCUACAACAUCCUUGAGCAUUAUGUGAUGCAGGCAGCAAGUUUAGCUGAUAACUAUCCUACAGAGCCAGCAGACGAAGAAGAGACUGAAUAUAACCAUCUGAAACGCUUAACAAUCGUCCAACCUCGUCCACGGGAAACUGUCCGGGCCAGUAUGUGUUGUUCUGGACUAUACGACCAUAUAUUACAAGACUAUGGGGACCGUAACUCAGUAGCGACCACUGUGCCAGAUAUUGUCAGCGAUUCAGCUCAUGCAGACCAAAAGAACAGACAAACUGAUGCUGAUAUUGGCCACAGUUACAACAUCCCGUCACCUAGAGACUCUUCCAAGAGCAACCUGAUGAGCUUUCACGACUACCCCGAACUUGUAAGCCCAACAGAAACACGCCAGGUCAUGAUUAAGCCACGAACUCUGAUCGAUAAAUCCAUCAUAGUGUCGCAGGAUUUACCAAAACCUCUGAGUCUCGCCGAUGAUCUUAACCAGUAUGAUGAACCGGACGAGGAUUUAAAAGCUCUGAAAGGAACACAACAGCGAGUGAAGCCGUUACCACCUUCAAUACCCCCACCGGGCCCAUUCUCCAAACCCCCACCUCCAAAACGUAGCGACAGUAAGAAUCAACUUGAUUAUGAAGACCCAAAGGUCGAACCAGUGGAGUAUGACGAGCUAGGUCUUCCAUGCGGACCACCUCCCCCAAUCCCUACGGAGAUGACAAAUAUUCCGCGCCUGCCCCCACCACCGAUUCCCACGGACAUUGACAUUCCACGCAUGCCUCCUCCACCUGUCCCCAUGACGACAUUCUCUUCCAGAAGUCAUGUGCCACUUGUGAGGGACAACACUUAUGUUGACGAAAGUGACAUGAAUCCGUAUGAUGAUCCUGAUAUGCCACUUCAACCACCUCCACCUGUUCCGUUAAGGCCGCCUCCAGUCCCCCCAUUUCCAUCCACCUUGGCAGUUGAUAAUGGCAAUUUGAAUGAAUAUGCUGAAAUGAGCGAAAGUGUUCCUGUUGUAAUGGACCCAAGUAUAAGUUUAAAACAACAGAGCAAGUUUGAAGAUCCCUAUGCAGAUGCUCGGGACUUGGAAGCGAUGAGGCGAUUGGCAGUAAGCAGUAGGCCAAAUGACUCUGUUGAAUAUGUUGGCCCAAAUGAUUCAGACGAAUAUCUUGGUAUGGACUCUUUAGGAGCAAGGCCACCAGCACAUUCUAUAUCUAAUAACAGUUCAGUUGAGUAUUUAGAGCCAAGUGACACUAAUGAAUACUUAGGAAUGGAUAGUUUGGGAAGUGACGUUUCCCAAAUUCAAUUACGUCGGUCGCCGGACCCUACUGUGAUGAAUAUGAGUGAGAGUGGGGCGUGGGAAGAAUAUAUGAAAAUGUCAGACGUCCGUAAAAGUGCACCAGUGACUGUUCCAGGUGGUGAGAUGAGUCGUCCAAAUUAUUUCAAAAGUAAGUCAAUGUGUGAAUUUGAGCGAUCCCCUCACAUUGUGGAUAUUGACAUUGAUGGGCCUGGGGUGCCUGAAGUUCGGGUGACGCCCGUUAAAGGUUACAAGGGUAAGGAUAUCAACCGGAAUACGAUUGGUGGUGACCAGUUCAAGACAUGGUCGCAUAGGUCACGUUUACCGGAUCCUAAACCUGAUGAUGGUGAUGAUGAUGUUGGGUACUUGCUCUUGCCGCCAAAACUCAGCCGUACACGAUUGCAGUCACAGAGCUGUGAGGAAUUAUCGGAAAGACAGCGGCAGAGUCAGGUACAGGAACCAAAUGAGGAGGGUUAUUUUGAAAUAAACGAUGACGGAGUUGUUUUGAAUGAUGUACCCAUGCCAUUCACUGGACUCCUUGAUAUGAAAAAUAUGAAAAAAGGUGAAAAAUCUCCCGUAGGUAGUCAGGAAAAUAUGCAAGGUGGUCUAAGUGUGCCAGCUACCCUCCGUUUUCAAAGAUCUGUUUCGAAUCCAGACGUUGCUGGUAAAGGACAGAAAACGUCGCAUGGUAAGCGAGAAUCGGAGGAGUCGCCUCAUAAGCGUCAGUCAAAGUUCUCAGCUUUUUUGUACGGAACUCUGCACAAAAAGAAGAGCAGACCAAAAAUUAAUACAGAUGGGGAUGCAUCACCUACAACUACACCUCGUUCCAAACCAUUGAAGGCUACAUCCCCGCAGGAUAAACUCUUGAAACCUGACUAUAAAUCACCGAAAGAUAAAUCCGAUAAACACGAAAAACAUAAACGAAAAUUGUCGGGACAGGCUGGGAGCCAUACAGAUAUCGUUGGAGGAAUUGAGAUCAUCACCCCAAGAGCAAAAUCAUUCGUCAAAGUCAAAGCGAAACCCACGGCAGACAAGUCUGGUCCACAGCGAGGUACCAGUUACCCUAAUCAGCCAACCAUAAGAACACCGAGUCCGAACAUUGGUGGUCGACGACUCCCAAGUUUGCCGUCGGAGUUUGAUGAUCGUGACCGAUUGAAUGCACCAAAGGCGAACAUAAAACAUGCUCAAAGUCAGCCCAAUCUUCUGUAGGCCAUCCUGAAGUAUCAAUGUUUAAAAUGUACUCUAAUCUGAUGUGAGAAUUAGGCCAUGUUCUCUGAGGUAAUUGCAUCACAUCUGGACUACGUGGGUGAUUGUAUGGGAAGGGAGCUGUUGGAAACCAGUCUGUGCAUGUAAAUGAUGAUAUAUUCUCUGAUGUAAAGGUGAAUGCUCAAAAUCUCUACUUAAAAAUCAUGGUUACAGGAAUGUUUGUAUUUGUACAUGUUGUACAUACAGUUUGUAUUAACAUAGAAUAUUCCAUAUACAUGUAUUAUCUUAUAUCGAAAUCAAGAUCUUCUAUUUCAUAAGAAUACCGUUGUUUUCGUUUGGUAUAAAGUCAUGACUUUUAUAAGAACGGUAAGCCCUGUCAAAUAAUUGGCGUGCGGUAACUUGUGAUUUCGAACAUAAUGAUCUAUGCAGGCCUGGUGACCCUAUGAUAAGUGUUUUAAUUUCGAAUUGAUGCAUAAUUUUGCAAUAUAUUUUGAAGAAGUGUUUUUGUGAGUAAAUAUAUCCUUUGACCAAUAACUGAUUACUUCCAUUUUUGAUUGAUCUACAUGUACAGCUGAUUUUUGUGUGGCUUUACACCACAAUUAUAUGAUUGUAAAUUUACAACAUUCUCUCACCAAUUGAGUCAAUUAAAGGAGGCCGACGAGUAGGAGUUCCUGCCAUGCCGGCACUAAUGUAUGGUCUUAAGUUCCUGUUUUGAGUGUGCUCAUGGAUACAAAUGCGAUAGUUUAUGCAAAUUAACAUUCCUUUAAAAGUGAAACAUAGCUUUAUAUCCAAGGAUGACGUCUGUAUGGGGCAGAGAAAACUAUUUUUGUAACGUUGGGGAGGGGCAGCACAGAAGUAGGCCUAUGUUUAUUGCCAGGGCGAGCUCUAACUUGGUUUGACCACUAUGAAUUUGAUAGAUUAUAUUGUAUGAUAGAUAUUUUAUGAAUAUAUCUGUAGCGGUUUAGGUUAUGCUUUUAUAAAGACUAUUCUGUAUAUUAUAUGCUUUGAUAGUGCAAUGAUUUACGCUUUACACGUGGUUUCUAUGAUAUUCAUGAGGACACAAUACAAGUUUUUCAAAAAUGGCAGUACAGGUAACCAGGUGAUACAUUCCAUAUUUGAGCAUCAGGGGGAAAUAAAUACAGUGCUUUGUUGGUUUUAGGUGCAAUUGUCUGUUGAAGCCAUUACCAUUUAUAUUUUGUUAGUUCAAAGCGUUGUGUAUGUAAUCACUGUAAACUCUGUCAAUCAUAAGGCCCUAUUCUGGGGUAAUUUCUGGUCAGUAUUGCUUUUGGAAAUGGAUCAGAGAAAAAAGUUCAGAUGGCUCCUGACUGAUUUCACAGCAAUGGGUCCUUAUGAAUGUCACAAGAAAUUUUAGACAUUAUUAUGCAAUAACUCGACUUAUAUAGAUGCUAAACUCUGUAAAUAAACCAAUCAUUGAUUAAAACCCAUGCAUCAUCUUGCUUCAAUGACAUGGAAAUAACCGUAGUGGUCAAGUAAGUCAAGUUAAGUAAUACCAUAUAAAAAAGGAGGAGAUGGCCUGAUUUGAUGGUGAGUUCGAUUUUGAAUUUGUGAUGAAAUCAUCACACCCCACUUGAAUUUAAAACUGAUCUAAAGUAUAACAUCUUAAUUCCUCUUUAAAAUGUUUUGGCCAAACAGGUUGUUAUAGAAUAUUGAAUAAAAGUUUAA